GUUUAUCCAUUUCCCUUUGAAAUGAAUUUUUUAGUUUUCACGACAUUCAAGACUGUUAAUUAUCCCAAGUUCAUUUGUUAAGGACGAAAAGGAGAAAGCACAACGUUGAAAGCAAACUGGCAAAGUCUUUGUAGUGUUGAUGAAGAGAGAAAAUAGGCAUUCGUGGUUCUAUUUUGCUUGUGCUGCCUUUAUUUUAUUAUUGGCUGUACUAGGAAACUUGCCAAGUGCCCAGAAAGCAUACUUGACUGGGAAUUCAAAAGAAUUGUAUGAACAGCUUCGACAGUUGAGUAGAUGGAAGGAAAGAAAGCCACCAGGUUCUUCCUUUGCAAUCAAGUCAACCAGGAUAGUGACUCCCAAAGGAAUAAGACCUGGGGCUAUAUUGGUAGGUGAAAAUGGAGUCAUAGAGGAUGUAGUGGAUAUGGUGGCUGUACCUCCCAAGUGGGGACCUAUUUUAGACUAUGGAAGACUUUUAGUUAUGCCCGGACUAAUCGAUAUACAAACUUUAGAUGAAAACAUAGAGGAAGUCCACUCAACCUCUCAAGAUGGAGUAACUUCGCGGCUCAUUUAUAUUUCGGAUGAAACUAGAGAUGCACUGUUGUUGAACAGAAAGUCCAUUUUGAAAGAAAGUUUUCACCCCGAUUCAUUGGCUGGUUUCUUUGUGAAUAAAGAAUGCUUUGAAAAGGCAAAAUGGUGUGCUAAUCAUUCUCCUGACCAUUCUUCCUCUAUGGCUUUUGAUGUUUGUCAGAGCAUUCCUUCCUUUGUAGAGCAACUUGAUGUUGUUCUGGUAAGUAUUUAUUCUCUAGCCAAGGAACUGAACCAACUUGCAUCUAAGAACAAAUUGCAUACUCCGAAUAUGAUAAGAAAGAUGGUUUCUAGUACCUAUCAAAUACCUCGAGUUUCCUCUUUCCAGUCGUUGAAGAAAUUUUGUUUAUCUCGACCUCAUUCCAUGCCAUCCUUUCAUUCAGUCUGCUUGUAUCAAAUCGCAUUGGAAAUGAAUUUUACAAAUUUAAACGCAGUUGAUGGAGAUAUAGAAAGUUGCAUGGAUUAUUUUUGGAACGAUUAUGACUGUUUUGAAAAAAGUAAUACGAAAGAAGGAAGAAAUAUUUCAAGGUUUUCUAAGAAUACGUAUCGUCUACCUAUUGCUUGGACUGUUGCCGAACUUGCAGGAAUUUCACUCAACUCUUUUCAUUCUAUGGCCUGUAUUUAUCCAGCAAAGAUAUUUGGAUUACUUCGUAAAGGAAAACUUGAAAAAGGUUAUGAUGCAGACAUCGUAGUAUGGAGUCCGGAACUGAACCAAUCUUUUCCAACUGAUGUUUGUCAAAAGUUCGAACCCCUUUGCCAAAGAACGAAUCAUACUUUGAAAGGAGUUGUAUUUGAAACUUUUGUGGGUGGUAAACGCAAAAUAGAAAUUUUGUCUGAAUAACUCUCAUAAUGGAGGCAGAAGAGAAUACUCGAUUAGAAGAUGGACAAGAAUAUAAGGAUAUCAGUCCGAAAGCAGAAAAACAAAAACAACGCUGUGAAAGACUAAAGAAUAGAGCGUUGCAGAGGUAUUCGUGUUGCUUUGAAGCGUUCAAAUAAAUAAUAAAAGAGACUGCUUGUCAUAGAGA